AUAUAUCCAUCCUUUGCGCGUGGUCUGUGGUCUGUCAAGCUCGAGUGGCGACUAUCGUGUCCGCGUGGCCGAACGUUGUCGACAUCAUUCGCUGUGAUGCCCAUCGCGUCACGAUGACCCUCCUCGUGCAAUUUAGCAGCGCGCUGUUUGGCGUGCUUUCCCUGGUUCUGCUUGCGCCAUCGGCCGAUGGUUUCGCUUACGAAAACCUGCCCGCGGUCGCGAUGGACUACAAGGUGCACAUCGACGCCGGCAAGGAGGACUGUUAUUAUCAAUAUGUAAACCCCGGCGCGACAUUCUACGUCAGUUUUCAGGUCCUGCGUGGUGGAGAUGGGAAAGCUGGUUUUGCAGUAAGAAAUCCAGAGGGAAUUAUAGUAUAUCCGUAUCAAUGGCGUGCCAAUGCUGACUAUCAGGAUCAAUCAGUGAAUGGUGGUUAUUACAGUGUCUGCAUUGAUAAUCAGUUUUCAAGAUUUGCUGCAAAAUUAGUAAAUUUGUACAUCACGGUGAUCAGAUAUGAUAAGUGGCAACAAUAUACACAGGAAUUGGAAGAACUGAAUCUUUCUGUUGAGAACUUUACGAAUACAAUCGUGAAUGUAGAGAAAAACAUUAACGAAAUGCUCCAUACUCAACAUUGGAGUAGAAACAGAGAGGCAAGAGACUUUAAUUUGUUGGUAGACAAUAAUUCUUAUGUGCAGACAUGGUCAAUCGCACAGGUGGUUGUCAUUACAUUGACGACUAUGGUUCAAGUGUAUUUCGUUAGAAAAUUGUUUGAUGUGAAACCAUCUGGACAUUCCAAGACACGCAUUUAACACUGACAUAUUACAACCAGUUAUUUGCUCGAUAAGAGCAGCGUUCAAUAUGUGAUAAGCCUAUUACAUCAAUUCAUACAAUCACUUGAUUAAUAAUAUAAGAUUUAUUAAUCAAUUGAUAACGAAUUUAUAGAUAAUGGCAUAAAUUAUAACGCAUAAAUGAUUCAAUUAAUAAAUUUUUAUUUGCGAUUUUGCAUGUUUCAUCAAUUGAUAUAUUUAUGCGUUAUUUUUAUGCCAUUGUGUGAUAAUCUCUAAAUUUACAUACAAUGACUUUUGAAACUCUUUAGAAACUGUCUGAAUGUUGAACAUGUAAGACACAAAAAAUUCCAAAAUUUACUGAACAUAAAUUUCUUGAGUCAUAUAAGUAUGUUUGGACGGAGAUUAGCCUCAAACAAAAUAGAAAAAUUUCCAGUUGGCGAAAACGUAAUGAAGUAUUCACAUCGACGAGAUUUCAUAUUUUUUAUCCAAGUUAGCAUAUUAUUUAUGCUAAUACAUUAUUUUUAAUAAUUAUUAUAGAAUUUGAUUUCAGAAUAUUUCCUUUUAUUAUUAUUAUUAUUAUUAUUAUUAUUAUUAUUAUUAAUAAUAAAAAUCUAAUAAUAUAUAUAAAUAUAUAAAUAUAUAUAAAUAAUUGUGAGUUAAAAAAAGCCUUUUAUGUGUUAUACAAGACUGUUUUGCAACACAUUUGUAAAAAUUACAUAUUUAAUAGCCAUAAUUUUAUUAUAACUCAUUUUUAUUUUUGUUUUUGAUUUUUUUAAUUUCAUUCUUAUACUUGAGCAAGUGAAACAUAAUUAAGAAUAAAGAAGAAUAAAAUAACGUUUAUAUAUUGUAUUUGUAUAAAAAUAUAAUAAAUGACGCAUACUUUUGUUACAA